CUAGCGCUAGGUGUGUAGCAGCCUCUUCGUCGCUCCAGCCAUUAUGCCUCGCGGCUAGCCGUACUUGUGAGAGGUAGGGCUCUAGCGGGGUUAGCCCGUUGUAUUUCGGUACCUUAGCUGGCGUUGCAGGCAUCACUGCUCGCUGUCGGGGGCCCGGUGUGUCGGUCGACAGAGGCAGCCCAUGAAGCACUGUCCCUGCCGUGGUGCGCUCGCGCCGUCGAGACCCGUCGGGGGACUUACAUGGCCGCUCGCUUGCUCUCUCUUCAAUCGCUCACUUCCCAAGCAGCGAAUACUCUCCUCGACGGCUUGCUCCAGCCUCUGAGUGUCUCUCUCCAUUCCGGCGAGGGUGAGCUAUCCCACUUCUGACACCAAUGUGGCGAGCUCAGACAAGGAGGAGACAGAGGUUUCGUUUGGUCUUGCUUCCCGCGAGUUAGCCAGGGAGCACAGCCGUUUAUUAGCCUUCAACAACAACAAAACAUGGCGCUCUCCCACCCGGAAACACAGACUCACAUAGAGAGCGCCACCUGUCACUAUGGCAACAUGACAACAGAACAUAACUGUCAAUCACAAAACCCCGAACAGCCCUGGCCGCUACAAAACAAUCAUUAAGGACAAUGAGUCUUGCACAGGCCUUUGAGCCACAGAGAUCCAAUGUCACCUUCAUCUCAAGAGGGUUGAGCUCACCGACACAGAAGCCCUCCCAUCUCACAGUGCACUGGAACAGAAUUUUGUUCAGCUCCUUCCUCAUCCCCUGCUCCAACUAUGUAUUCUACCGGUUUGGAGAUCCUCGGGAUCAUUCUGGCUGUGGCUGGCUGGCUGGGAGUAAUGGUGACCUGUGGCCUGCCUAUGUGGAGAGUGGCUGCCUACAUCGGCCAGAACAUUGUCAUCUCUCAGGUUAUCUGGGAAGGCUUGUGGAUGAACUGUUCUGUACAGAGCACCGGACAGAUGCACUGCAAGGUGCACGACUCCAUGCUGGGGCUUCCAGUUGACCUGCAAGCAGCUCGUGCCUUGGUCAUCAUCUCUCUGGUUCUUUGCAUUGUGGGUAUCGUUCUGUCAGUGGCUGGUGCCAAGUGCACCAACUGUAGCCGGGAUGUGAGCAGUAAACCUCGCCUCAUGGUGGCUGCUGGGGUGACAUUUGUGGUGGCUGGACUGCUGCUUCUUGUGGCUGUGUCCUGGACAGCUCACGCCAUUGUCCUGGGCUUCUAUGACCCCAUGCUGGAGGAGACAGGGAAGAGGGAGUUUGGUAAUGCUCUGUACUUUGGUUGGGCUGCUUCCUGCCUGCUGAUUCUAGGGGGAGCCCUGCUUUGCUGUUCCUGCCCUCGCAGAUCAACCACGGCACCAAGCGGUGGUGGUCCUGCACCUUCCCGCAUUGACUACUCAGCAGUAAAAACCAUAUCAGUCAAUGGAUACACCAGAAGAGACUAUGUAUGACCAUGUGACAUGAGGAAAUGAUGAUCUGCAUUUAUAAAUUUGUGGUUUGUAGUAGAUGUAGUAGAUGCAUGUUUGGCACUAGCUUCAAUGACUGAUCUGUGUUUCAUGUUUUAGUCAUGAACAUUUUUUUUAAAUGAUGUGCAUUUUUUUGUUUCUUUUGCAAGUAUGAACACAUUUUUUCCUCAAAAAGCUGAAAUCAAGAUGUUUCUAACCUAACACAAUGUAAUUGCAAGUCAAUUCUGACAAUAGGAAGUUUCACAACUUCAGUUGAAAAGUAAAACUUUUUUUCAGUAAUUUGUUUGUUAUCAACUUAUUGUUUAUGGUGGAUAUGCACUUUGUACUGUGCUUUUUAUUCCAAAAGGUUUGUUGGUGUGAAGAG